UACUUCCGGUUACCUGUCAAACACAACUUAAGAUUACUUAAGAUUACAAAAAACAACAUCUGAAUCUUGUUUGUAAAGUUUGGAGAUCUUCUUUUAACUAGUUAUAAUGAAUUGAACGUGUAUAUGUAGUUUAUAAGAAUGACGGGCAAAAACGUUAAACGUUUGUUUAAAGGCAAGGACAACUACACAUACACCAGAUUAGGCCAAAGUCUGGGGCAAGUGCAGAAUGUGAAAAAUGCGCGUGUGUUUGUGUUUGGUGAUGAUGAUGUUGAAGAAGAUGAAAGAAAUGAUGUUGUCGAGUUUGACAUGCAGACAAUACGGGGUCGAAAAGGGGCCAAAUCACAAGUCGAUGAGGACCCUGGAGGUCCUUUGUUUGUGGAGCGAAAUCUUGCUGAAGAUGACACAUUACAGUCAUUGUCUCUUCAGUAUGGAUGCCCAAUUUCAGAAUUGAAAAGAAUCAACAAUUUGAUUCAAGAUCAAGACUUUUUUGCCCUAACACGUAUAAAGAUUCCUGUGAAGAAACAUUCCUUCCUUAUAGACCGAAUAAAGGAUGAUGAUCAAAAGGUGAAUUCUAUACGAAAAAAGGAAACUAGUCUUUCAAACGGGGCAACAUGUUACAACAGUUUUUAUGACAACGGUUCUCUUCCUGAUGACAGUAGCACGCCUACUGAUUCCGAGGCACAGACAGAUCUCAGUGAUCCAGAAAAUCAACGCGAUUUUGUGAAGAGAAUAAGUAUUAAUAGAACAUCUAGAGGACAGAGUAGAGAAGCUCAGAAUUUCUUAAGAAAGAUGGACCAAGACAUUUCUAAUAUUGUGAAAUCAGCAAGAACAGAAAGAGGCUCAUUAGAUGAGGUGAUAUCUGUGUUGACCAACAAAUCUGUCAGUCCCAUGAUUCUUCCUGAUAAGCCAAAGUCACUUUUUGAAAUUCAAUGUGGUGAAAGGUGGAAAUAUUAUAUAGUGCUUCUUAUUGUCACUGUGAUUGCAAUUCCUGUUGUAUUUGGGCUAUCUUUGUAUUACAAAGGAAAGCUGUGGUAACAAAUGUGAUCAAUGGUUAUGCACCAGUCAAUUGUAACCACGGCCCCCCCAGGGCUGGGGGUAUACAGGGGAUAGCCGGGGAAAUGGGCCGUGUUUUAACCUUUCAGGUGGCCCCGUGGUGCUGGGUGAAUGCGUUGGUUUUGUCUUCGCUUUAAAUAUAGCAGGGAAUGGGACAUACCUAGGGUCCCAUGGGUGCGGGGGCAUUUGGCGGGGUUUUUACCAUCUGUUCAUCCACGCAGGGCGGGGAUUUUAGCCGCAGUUGGCUGGACUGAAAGUCAAAGUCCCCUCUAUUCCCCGGACCUGGGGGGGGGGGGGGGCGUGGUUACAAUUGACUGGUGCAUUAUAAUGAAUGUCAUGAACAUGUUGAGUGUAUCAUUCACAUUACAAACUUGAUGUUCAUUGUUUUUCUGAUAAGACUUGUAAAUAUUUACUCAAUCAUUGUCUUACUAAUCUGUUAUUGCAUAACUCGCACAAUAAGAAACAUUGAUUUUUCUUUUAUGUGCUACUAUACAUUCAUAUAUAUACCCGGUUCAUGGUUUGAGGCAUGAACAAUAAUAGAUGAUGUGAUACAAAAUGUAAUUUAAAUUAUGUCAUAUGAGAUGGCAAUUAUAUGAUGACAAAAUUGAUGUACUUUUAUUUUUGUAUUGAAAUCAGCAGUCAGCUUAUGGUCGUAAGUAAGGUCAGUAGAAAAUAUAUCAAAUAAUCAUUUUUAACACUAAUCUGGCAGGAACUCAAGGCACUACAUGCACUAAAGGUAUUACAGCGAGGGAUUUUAAUAUAACUUGGCACAUGUGUUCAGCACAUAAAGACGACAUGUCUCGUGCAACACCUAUCUUAAAGGUCAAGGUGAUGUAGGUUUAUCAUUACAUGUAUCUGUAUCUUCAUGCACAGAGUGGUUUUGAAAUGAAUAGGCACAUGUGUUUGGUACAUGAAGGUCAUGUGCAAGACCCACAACUGUACAUCAAAAUGGAAGGUCAAACACAGAGUUUAAUCAUUAUGGAAUGCUGCAUAUAUGCACAUAGUGUAUAGUUGGUCAUGUCUAGGCUGUUACUUUGUCAUUUACAGAUGGAUUUGUAAAUUAUCUGUCACAUGUUUCCAGUACAUAAAGACGCUUUGUCGAAUGUAAGACCAAGUUCCUACCUCAAAGGUUAAGGCCACACUUAACAGGUUUAUCGUUAAGGUCGUGCUGCAAAUAUGCAUAUUCAGUUUAAUUGGCUGUGGCAGUUCUGUAACUAUGUCAUGCACAUGAUUUUAAAAUGAAUUGGCUCAUGUGUUUAAUACAUAAAUGUGAGGUGUCGAAUGCAAGACCCAAGACCCUACAUUAAAGGUCAAAUAAUUACGGAACGCUGCAUAUACAGUAUAGUGUGUCGUGACUGGGCUGUACCUUUGUCAUUUAGGGAGCCGAAAUUUGUUAUAUGUGUAUGUUUUUUUGCAUAAUAAUGUUUUAGAAAAGUGAUGUAUAAAAUAAAAUGUAAACAAAUUCUAAGGAGUUUCUGUCAACUGAUAUGAUGUGAAAGUAUUAAAUAUACUUUAAUCAAGGAAAAAACACAUCAUAAUAAUAGCAGAAUUUAAAUGUAGUAUAAAAUAUUCAUGCAAACACAUACAUUGGCAUAUUGUGGUGGAUAAAACAUUAAAUUUGAAAAAAUACAGGUUGGUUAUGUUAUAAAGUUUAUAUUACUUAAUUUUACAAUGGUAUUACAGUCUACAAAGUUUUGUGCAAAUUCUCGCUGUAAUUCACAAUUCAUGUAGUUGUAUCUAUCUCAGUGGACCUUAAAUUAGGUUAUAAGAAGGAAACAUCUUAUCGAUAAACGCUAAAAUCACAAGCCAAUAUUUCUGCUUUAUCGUAUCUGUUGCUUCAUAUUGUUUCUUCAUAUUGUUUUGACUUUGACACAUAACAUAAGCAUAUGUGAAAAUAUAUGCCCAUGUUAUGUUAUGCACCAGUCAAUAAUAACCACGGACCCCCAGGUCCGGGGGUAUACAGGGGAUAUCCGGGGAAAAGGGCCGUGUUUUUACCUUUCAGGUGUCCCCGCAGUGCUGGGUGAAUGCGGUGGUUUUGUCUUCGCGCAAAAUAUAGCCGGGAAUGGGCCUUACCUAGGGUCCCUGGGGUGCGGCGGCAUUUGGCGGGGAUUCUACCACCAGUUCGUUUUUGCAGAGCGGGGAUUUACCCAGGGUUGGCUGGACUGAAAGUCAAAGUCCCCGCUAUUCCCCGGACUUGGGGGGGGGGGGCGUGGUUACAAUUGACUGGUGAUUUAUAUGUUAAGAAGUUUUUCAGUUUUUAUGAUUAACUUGUAUUUAGGCACAAGCAAACGAUCUGAUGUAUAUUUGACUCAUCAAAAUAUUAUUCCAAUAAAAAAAGAUAUGGAUUACCAUGGAUGUUGCUAAAACAGUAAAAUGAUUAAUCCUUAAAUAGGCCUUUGAAUGAGUUCUUGUUAUCCUUUGUACAUGUCAAGGUUUAUGACUCGAUCUUAAUAACAUUUUUGUGAUAUUGGAAGGGAAUAAAUGAGGGAUACGUUAUGGUAGAAACAGAAAGGCUUUGGCAGAAACAGAUAUGUUAGGGCAGAAACAAAUAUUUUCUGACAUUCUAACAAAAUAAAUAAUUCUGGUAACAUACUGAACUGUUGAAACAGGGUCAACAAGACACACGUUCAAGUGCACGUAGGUGUUAAAACGAGAAUUUGCCUCUAUAAGGUAUCUGUUAAUGUUACAUGUCUGUCAAAAAAAAUCAUUUUAGGUUGAUUUUAGUUUCAGUAACACUUCUUUUACUAAGGAACUUUGACACAGUCUAUUCACUUUGGUUGAUUCCAUUUGGGGUACAGUCAACAUUUUGUGUGGACAAUAUUUCGGAGGGAAAAAACAACAAAAAACUCCUAACAUAUUUUGAUUGAUAAUCAGGAUGCCAACAUAAAAAUAUCUAUUUGUUCCUUUUACUGUAGAAUGGACGUAAAUGUAUUGCAUACUUUAAAAGAAAUGAUAUUUUCGAAACUUUAAUUGUAUUUUGUUUUUGUUUAUUUUCAAGUAUACAGAGCAAUUAUUUCAUGCUGGUUAUUUGAAAUGUCUAGAACUUUCUUGCUUUAUUUUUAGGCUAAGAUGUUUACACAUGUUAUUUAAAACUGAUAGAUUAUUGUUCUAUAGUGAAUUUAUAGGAUGUUUAUUUUUAUGAAACAAUAUUUGUUAGUGGUUGACCCACUUUUUCAUUGUAAUAUCAUUUGUUUGCUGCAAAUGGAUUUUUUCUGAACAUA